GUUUGUGGUGGGCUCGCUGCGCCUUGGUGGGUGAGGUUUGGUCGGAGGAGUCCGAGAGGGAAGCUCGGGCGUAAACCCGGGCAACGAGAUGGACGUUCUGAAAUCGGAGAUCCUCCGGAAGCGGCAGCUGGUGGAAGACAGGAACCUGUUGGUGUUGGUUUCUUCAAGUCCGAUGCAGUCAGUCCACUCAUUGCAUUUGUUUACUAUGACUCUUGGUUUCUUUUAAUCAAGAACAAUUUCUUCAAACCCCUUUUUAUGCCAUUAAUUUGUUGGAGAAACUGGCUAGUUUGGAAAAUAGAAAGUAUUUCAAGCGUAGUGAACUUGCAAAAAAAGAAGAGGAAGCAUAUUUUGAAAGAUGUGGCUACAAGAUCUGAUACUGCCUCAUCUUCAUCACCACCACCACGCCUUUCCUCACCUCUCCCAAUAAAAGUCUAUUUUAAAGAGUUUCAAAACAUUUUAUUUAUUCAACCACCGAGGUGUUACCAGGGGUAUUUUCCCCACUUUCACUUGAAUAUUUUAAGCCAUCCUUUUUGUUUGCAUAGUUGGUUCCUUUUGGCCCUAAGUACCUCUGUCGGAAAUAAUACAGCCAAAGGAGGAGGACCAGAAACCAUUAACUUCUUCAAAUCCAGUGCUAGAACUUGAACUGGCAGAGGAAAAGUUACCCAUGACUCUUUCUAGGCAAGAGGUUAUCAGAAGAUUGAGAGAAAGAGGAGAACCAAUCAGACUAUUUGGAGAAACUGAUUAUGAUGCUUUUCAACGUUUAAGAAAAAUAGAGAUCCUCACACCAGAAGUUAACAAGGGAUUGAGGAAUGAUUUGAAAGCAGCUUUGGAUAAGAUCGACCAGCAGUACCUCAAUGAGCUUGUGGGUGGUCAGGAACCUGGAGAGGAAGACACACAGAAUGAUUUGAAAGUUCAUGAAGAAAACACCACAAUUGAAGAGUUAGAGGCAUUGGGAGAGUCUUUAGGAAAAGGCGAUGAUCAUAAGGACAUGGACAUCAUUACCAAGUUCCUUAAGUUUCUUCUUGGUGUUUGGGCUAAAGAAUUGAAUGCCCGAGAAGAUUAUGUGAAGCGCAGUGUGCAGGGCAAACUGAACAGUGCUACUCAAAAACAAACCGAGUCCUAUCUCAGACCCCUUUUCAGAAAGCUACGGAAAAGGAAUCUUCCUGCUGAUAUUAAAGAAUCCAUAACAGAUAUUAUUAAAUUCAUGUUGCAGAGAGAAUAUGUAAAGGCUAAUGAUGCUUAUCUUCAGAUGGCCAUUGGAAAUGCCCCUUGGCCCAUAGGUGUCACCAUGGUUGGUAUCCAUGCCAGAACUGGCAGAGAAAAGAUUUUUUCUAAGCAUGUUGCGCAUGUUUUAAAUGAUGAAACACAGCGGAAAUAUAUUCAGGGAUUGAAGAGGUUAAUGACCAUUUGCCAGAAGCACUUUCCUACAGAUCCAUCAAAAUGUGUGGAGUACAAUGCACUGUGAAGUCUGUGAAUGGUGUCGAAGUAAUAGGAAACUUGAGUGGUCGUGGCACAGACUUCUGGAAUUACCAGCAAGAGUGAGGGAAGAAGAGCAAGGAACGCGGUUUCCUGUGUUUGAGUUCUACCUAAUUCUCCUCUCACAGUGUUAAGAAAUGGUGUUGGCUCUGUCACAUCUGCUGCGAACUGAUUUUUGUGUCAUUUACUUUAAAUAGUCAAAAAAUUAAGUUCUAAAAACUUCUUCAAAUUUAAAUGUGUAGACGACUGUCCCAGAAGGGGAUCUAAAAUGAUGUCUUCCCUCUAGACCUGCAAGCUGGCAGUUAGAUGCCUGAAAAGGAACAUUUGAGGAUGGACUUACUUCUUUCUGUAAAAUAUGGUAAUUUUCACAUUGUCUUUUAUGUAACAUUUUUAAAAGAUAUUUUUAUAUAUUUCAACAAAAAUAUGGAACCAUUUAGUGAAACUUUAUAGUCCUUAAACGUUGCUGAACUUUUGCCAUCUUGCAGUAGAAUUGGAAUGUAAAUAUUACUACUGUUAACUCAAGUGUUGUUUUUCUUGCAUUUCAAGGCUUGCUUUUACCUUCUAAGGAGUGUAAAUUUUGGUAUUUGUCAUCUCUUGGGACAGAAAGAAUUAAAAGGAAAUCGUGAUUUGAAAAAGAUGGUACAUGAUACCAACAGAAGUUUAAGUUAAGGAACCCCAGUGCAUCAGAGUUCAAGGUGGGGUAGUGGAUUGUCAAGCCAGCCAAGGAUGGAGCUGUUGGGACACCACUGGUUCUUCCCAGACCAGGACUGCUGGCAAGUCUCCCCAUCGCAGGGUCUGUGGUGGGCUGCCGCCCCUGGCUCUGUGCCACUGGCCAGAGGGACGAGGGCCUGGGAUUCCGGUCCCUGCCUGACCCAGUAGGCCGGGUCUGAGUUGGCCCAGAUGGAAGACUUGCGGAUCUCACAGUGUCCUAUGCAGAUAAUGCCGAUGAAUCGCUGCGAGGACUCGGUUAAUAGAGGAAGGUGGGUGAAAGGAGCCGACCUGCCCAGGUGGAGUGGCAGUGUCGGAUAGCAGUAAGGGGGUGCUCCCGAGGCAGCACUGCCGAGCUGGAGAUCCCAGCUUUCCCCCCAUGAGUGUGUGACCCUGGGCAUCUCUUAGCCUUUCUCCACUUGACUUCCCCAUCUGCAAGCGGUCGUGAGGAAUUGCAGUGUAUACCUCAGCGCGCUGUUGUGUUCAAGUCAAAUAAAACGCUUAGCACUCUGCCUGGCAAA